CGAUGAUUGAAUCGACUAUAGUUAGAGAGGAAUGUCUCCUUUGUCUCUGUUCUUCCCAGACUCCAUGGCGGCAGCGGCUGCGGCGGCAUGCGAGGGUUAGGGCGGUGGCAGCUGCGGCGGCGUGUGAGGGUCUUGCCCCUCCCCGCGCCUCUCGUCCCUCCCCACGCCGCUUCCCCUCGUCCCUCCCCGCGCCGCCGCGCGCCAGCGUGCGAGGGUCCUGCCCCUCCCCGCGCCCCUCGGCCCUCCCCACGCCGCCUCCCUCCACCGCCUCCGCCGCCUGUAGGCCUCUGGCGUCGCUGCCCUCCGGAUCCGCGUCCCCGUCCCAGGCCCACCGCCCGCCGGUCCCCUCCCUCGCCGCGUUCGAGUGGGCGCCGAAAGCCACGCUCGCCGCCUCCCUCCUCGCCCCCGCCGCGGGCGGCGGCGGCGGCGGCGUCUCCAAGUCGCCCUUCGUCACGCUCUCCAUCGCCGAGUCCGGGGACACGGUGGCGGCGAUCGGAGACGUGCCGGUCUGCGUCAAUUUCGUCGGCAACAACCACAUUGUGGUGGAGCAGGCGCCGGCGGGUGAAGAUGAGAUGGAAAUUGUGAGCGGCUCCCCGCCGGAGGAGAUGGCGGAAUCUGGACUGCUUAGAACAAGGCCGGAAGGGCAAGAGAAAGAGAUUAGCCAGCUGAGGAAGCAAAUAAAGCAUCUUGAAGAGGAAAGGUGGCAAAUGAAAGUGUUGAGGGUCUGAUGAUGGAUGUAACAGCUGCUGAAGAGGAGAUUAAAAGAUGGAAGAUGGCAGCAGAAGAGGAAGCUGAAGCUGGUAGAUCAAUUGAACAAGAGUUCCAAAUUCAGAUAUCAUCCCUUCGCAAGGAGUUAGAUGAAGCAAAGCAAGCUAUGGUGGAGCUAGAAAACAAGCUGAAGUUCAAGUAAGAGACUGCGGCUGCAGCAAUGACGGCACGUGAUGCCGCAGAGAAGCCCCUAAAACUAGCGGAUAUGCGAUCUUCCAGGCUACGGGAGAGA